AUGGGGUCGCAGGUCAGGUUGGUUAUCGCCGUGUGUGGAAUAUAUGCGACGUUCUUAACGUGGAGUUUGGCGCAGGAGCCCUUGACGACGUCGGUGUGGCCAAACUCGGCAGCCAGGUUCAGUCACUCGAGCUUCAUCGUGCUGUGCCAGGCGCUGACGGCGGCGGUGGUCGGGCUUUGCUAUCUGAAGGCGCAGCGGAGCGGCUACGGGGCGCGGGAGUUCAUACGGAAGCAUUGGGCGGAUGUGGCAGGGAUCUCGCUGACGCAGGCGCUGUCUGCGCCGGCCGCGAACCACUCGCUACAGUACGUAGACUACGUGGGGUACAUGCUAGCGAAGAGCUGCAAACUGCUGCCGAUCAUGCUGGUACACGUGCUGGUCUACCGCACGCCGAUCGGGCGCGACAAGGCGCUGGUGGGCGUGCUCGUGAGCGGCGGCGUGGCGCUCUUCACGCUGGGGGGGGCAGAGAGAAAGCAGGGCGAGGCGUCGCUGUAUGGGCUCGGGAUGCUCCUGGUCAGUUUGUUUCUGGACGGGCUGACGAACGCCAGCCAGGACCGGCUGCUGCGCCGCCCGGCGAGCAAGAAGAUUACGGGCGCGCAUCUGAUGGUAGCCCUCAAUACGGCCAUCGUGCUCUGGAACCUGGCCUACCUGGUCCUGUUCGACCGGACGCAGUGGCAGGGCAGCCUGCAGCAGCUGCACGCAGACCCAGCCAUUCUGACCUAUCUGUUCACGUACUGCGCAUGCGGUGCCCUGGGGCAAUGCUUUGUGUUCUUCACACUAGAGCAUUACAGCUCGCUGGUGCUCGCAACCGUCACCGUUACCCGCAAGAUGGUCUCCAUGCUCCUGAGCAUCGUGGUCUAUGGGCACAGCGUCAGGCCGGUCCAAUGGCUCGGCAUACUGGUCGUCUUCGGGGGCAUUAUCUGGGAAACCGUGAAGAAGGGCCAGCGCGGCUCCGGCCAAAAGUCAAAGCAGCAUUGA